AAAAGACAGUUGUUGAGUGGUUGUAUGAGUCAUGCAUCUUUGUGUCAUGGGCAGGAGCGGAUCCAGGAUUUUUCAAAAGGGGAAUGAUCCUGGAUUUUCCCAAAGGAGGGGCAUGAGCUAAGCAGCAAUGGUAAAAUGCCCGUGAGCAUGAAGCCCGGAGCCAUUUUGGAUUCGAGGUUCCUGUUUGCUACCUUUGAGGCAGGAAGGCCCAUGAGGACCAAACUUGGCCAAGUUCCAUUGGGCAGUUGAUGACAACCUCCUGUUUUUCAUCACAAGAUGGAAGGAGCUUCCUAUGUCAACAUUGAUCGAAAAGACAUUUCAGUUGGUCCUGUAAUUAGUUCAGGGGCAUGCAGAAAUAAAGUGUGCCGGGCAACAUGGACGUUGGCUUCGUCGGAAAAAACAGUAGCUGUUAAAGUCUGCAAUAAUUUCCAUGAGGAUGAAGUUUUGAUACUGGCCAAACUGAAGCAUGCCAAUGUCAUUGAGUUCUUUGGAGUUGUGAAGCCUGCCUCAGCAAUUGACAGUUACAUGAUUGUAACAGAAUAUGCCGAGCAGGGUUCUUUGUAUGAUGUGAUUCGCCAACACCGUGAUAACUGGCCAGAGUAUAGGCAGAAUCGUUGGAUGAGAUGGGCCCAGGAUGGUGCUAAGGCUCUGGAGUACAUCCAUCAGAAGGGGUACCAACAUGGGGAUGUCAAAUCACCCAACUACCUUGUCACUCAUGAUGACACACUGAAGAUAUGUGACUUUGGCAUAUCUAGGAAAUGGGACUUUACCAUAAGCACAGUCACCAAUAGGGGGUCCUACCCAUGGAUGGCACCAGAGGUCUUUGGUAAUGUUGCAGAUGAUUCCAAGAGUGAAAGAAAACCAUGCAAGGUCACAACAAAAUCAGACGUCUUUUCUUAUGGUGUUGUCAUUUGGGAAAUGAUUUCUGGUAAGGCCCCCUAUCCUGAUAAAGUGGGAUUUCACAUUUACAAAGCUGUAGUUGAGAGAAACGAACGACUGCAGAUUCCAUGUGACUUCCCAGAACACCAACAAAUCAGUGAUCUACUAAGUAAAUGCUGGCAAGCCAACUACAAGGAAAGACCCAGCAUGCAAAAAAUCCUCAGAGACCUUGCUGACAUUGAGAAUGGCCAAAGGAAAACAGUGGGUACCUCUGAUAAUGUGCCAGAUGCUGUCGCUGGACCCCAGACCACCCCAGGUGUUCAGCAGCAGACCGAUGCUAUGCAGCAUUUCAUGAGCCAGGAAGAGCCAAAGGAGAAGCGACAAAAGAGGAUGGAGGAGACAGAAGGCACUAACGCUGCCACUGGAGGUAUCCCCACAACGACAGCAGCAGCGGCAGCACAGCUUCAGCCUCUCCCACAACUGCCUCAGACCAGAAUGCCCACCCACAGGACACAACCCAAUGAUUCUGGUGGAGACAAGAACUCAAAUGAGAAUCCUACAGGAACUUUGGAUGAUAGAAGUCUUUACGGCAUCUCCAGAUACAUAGCGCCUCGUGAUCUGCUGCCUCUGUCUUUACAGCUUGGCUUAAGCAGUGCUGAGUUUUCACAAGUGGAGGCAGACCAUCCCCAAGAUUUUGUUCGUCAAACCUUUUCCAUACUGGUCAUGUGGAGAAACAAUCUCCCUCAUGAUGUCAAUCAGAAAGAAGCCUUCUGUGUAGCACUGGAGAAGGUUGGCCGCAAAGAUCUUGCCAUGCAAUUAGCUAACAGGAGUUUUGAAUUGAUAUGAUCUACAAGAUCCAGAUCAGAACUGAAAGAGAUGGCACAGGGCUUGAUGGUGAGGAGGAAUUCCUGGCUUGGAACUUCAUGGCUACAAAAUGGAUGUAGACAACAACUUGUAUGGCUGUAACUAGAAUUAUUGUGUAAUUAAUAGGAGUCUCUCAAACGACAUCACUCUUACAGAUUGCCGUGUGCAUCGGUGUUUUACUUUAAUUUUCGUGACACGUAUCAGCUGUACUGUAGUUGAAGAUAUUUGGAUCAGCAUACAUGCAGUUUUAGAACAUUUUGCACAUGGCACGCAAACUCACCUGUUGGAGUUGUAUACGCAGUUGCAAUCUUCUCACGAAGAUGGCAUCUAACAAGAGCUAUCUUCCAUUUUGUGACAAUGUAUUUUAAUUCUUUGUAAACACUGCUUAUUUUCUUUUCAUUAACAACAUUGAAAUAAAUGUACUGUUCAUUUUAAUUUAGUGUAGUGCAGAUUAUCACUUCAGUUUUUGUUGGACUUGGUUUCAGUCCAGGUUACCUCAAAUUCAAGGGUUUCUGUCCUGUAUGAAUGAAUCCCAACUAAACACACACUUUUUACAUGUAUUUGACAACCAAAUAACCUUUUCAGCUUCGGUGACUUCAUAGGCACAGCUGUGAUAGAUCCUUGAUUUAUCAGUAAUAAUGAUAUUGGAGAAUGCUACAAUUCAGGACUUCGAUGUGAACUUCUGCUGAGAUUUAUCUCCUCAAAAUUGUGUUGACAGCUUUCACCUCUUAACUUGCACUGGUAGUUUGAAGAAAUAAUUUCUCAUUUUGUAAGUUUAGAUUAAUUUAAAUAAGCCUUACAGUUGUCAACAAAUUUUUUUACGGUAUUAAGGGUAGGUGUGGCUAUACUUUAAGUUUUGUUGAGAUUAGUGAUAUGAAUCGCCAAUUAUGUACACAUUGUCAAGUUUAGUUUUUAUGAUAUGACUCCCCUAUAGAUGCUAAGAAUUGGCGGAGAGCUGGUCAAGUAGUUUCUUAAUUGUUUCUUAAUUAUGACUACUGGCAUCAGAGGGGGAGGAAAGGUGCCUUUGGCCCACCUACUUCGUAGUUCAUACAUGCUAACAUUUCAUAUUUAAUCAGAACUGCUUUAAAAAGUAAUUUUUUCAGAAGAAAAAAAAUAAAAUUUACCCCACACCAUUUUGGAUGUUUGCUCGUCCCCACUGCCACAACAGUACAGUGCACUGGGAGUUUAUCUGCUCGAGUCCCUACAACUAGGCUGAGGCUUGAUAUAAUGCACAGGCACCUAGCCCAACCUCUUAAUAUGGGCUCCACUUCAAGGUAUAGUCCCACUCUUGGCAGGUCCUACAUUGACACAGGGUUUAAUAGAUUGGCCUAUUAAUUAAUGACUAAUGCCUAAUAAUCUCACAACUUCUUACCCCUUUGAAAAUCAUUCCUCUGAAAUGAAUUGUGUAGAUUUUACUUGUAUUUUACUUGUACCUCCAAGUUGCCUUUCAUCAGAUUUUAUUGUUCAAAACUGCCCUCGUACAAAUAAGUCUAUUUUUAAUACUGACAGUGCAGUCUUAAAAAGAUCAAUUCAUGGCAGCACUGUAAACUGACAGGUACAUUUAUGAAUUACACAUAGCAACCACUGUAAAUUUUAUUUCUACAUGUACAUGGUAUACUCAUACAUGUGUGCAUGCUUAUCCCUUGAUCUGUCUAGUAUUCUGUUUUCCUUAGCGUUGCCUUGGGAAAUUGAGCAGUACCCGUAAUACCACAGUAGGUUAGCUUUGCUGUCUGUACAUUAUUUGAAGUUGAUAUUUUCUGUUUAAGAUUUUGUGUGAUGCUGUGGUGUAGAUAGAUGCAUGGUUAACAGAAUCUAAGCGUGUCUUCCACUAGAGUGUAUGUAGCUUUAAAGACUGUCAUUGUACAUGUACAUGUGCAAAGCUCUAGGUACAUCCCUUUCUGUUGCCACAACUUCCGGAAUUAAUGUCAUGUUUGGCACAAUCAUUCAAUCGCUCUGUGCAAUUGGCAGAUUCCCCAUUGUUUGAAGCAACAUGCAGUUGGUUGAUUGCAAAAUUAUCAACAAAUCUUGCAGUACAAAGAUUGAUUAAUCACAUCAAUUAAUCAUGCCCAAGAUCAGUCCUUGUUUGAUUACUUCAAUAGUACCUCUGUAUAAAUUUCAAAUCAGCCGUUGAUUUUUUUUUGUAAACAGCUUUCAACAAAUUAAGUAGCAGUUGAAUGCAGAAGCAUCUGGAAUGUGUUGUCUACAUAAAAGUGCUUCUUUGAUGGUUUCUUGAGCUAGGUAUUCAUUGUACUCUUGACAGUACACAUUCUUGACAAUAAACUUUGUGCUUAUUUUAAAAA